CGCGGCGUCCACCACGUGACACGCCUCGUAGCCAAUGAGGAGGCGGCAGGGGUGGGCACUGCUGUUUGAACCGGGCGGCGGUGGCGCCGGUCGGGGCAGUGACCUGCGAGCCUCAGGAUGCCUCUGCACGGUGCGAGGGCCGCGGCUCUGCUUGCUUGGGUGAACAGCACAAAUGUGUGCUCCGAACCCCUCCAGGAUCUGUCCCAGCUCCGGGACUGCAGCGUCUUCAUCCGGAUCAUCAACAGAAUGCUCCGGAGCGAGGAUGCGGAAUCAGCGCUGGAGCAGGCGCUGCCGCAGAGGAUCAGCUUCAUCUGCGCCUUCCUGCACAAGCACUGCAAGCACAAAGCAGCCCCGGAGAGCCUGAUCCCGGCCCAGCAGCUGCUGGAUGGGGAGGAGCUGGCCCUGGCCAAGGUGGCCGUGCUGCUCCUGUACCACGCAUCCAUGAGCUGCAGGAGCCCCGCGGACUGGAGCGGGUUCGACUACGAGACCCAGGUGGAGCUGGCAGCGAUCCUCAGGUUCGUGCUGGACAACGAGGAGAACCUGAGCGAGAACCUGGAGGUGUUCCUGCAGAGGAAGGUGCCACCAUCCUCAUGCGGCAGCAGCUCCGAGGAGCAUUCCCCGCUGCUCCCCUGCGCGCAGAAGCGAGAGGUGCGGUUCCUGGAGCUGCAGAGGAUUGCUUCCUCCUCCUCCUCCUCCUCCUCCAGCAACAAUGUCCUGCCCGCGGCCCCCUCCUCGCCCAUGGGGGACAUCAUGCAGACCCCCCAGUUCCAGCUGCGGCGCCUCAAGAAGCAGUUGGCUGCGGAGCGGGAAAACCGGGAUGAGCUGGAGGUGGAGCUGGCAGAGAACCGGAAACUGCUCUCGGAGAAGGAGGCUCAGAUCACCCUCAUGCAGCAGCGGAUCGACCGCCUGGCCCUGCUCAAUGAGAAGCACGCUGCCGAGCAGCUGGAGCCCAAGGAGGUGGAGGAGCUCAGGGAGAAGAACGAGAGCCUCAUGGCGCGCUUGCACGAGGCGCUGCGGCAGUGCCAGGACCUGAAGACUGAGAAGGGGCAGAUGGACCGCAAGAUCAGCCAGCUCUCCGAGGAGAACGGGGACCUCUCCUUCAAGCUGCGGGAGAUCGGCAGCCACUUGGUGCAGCUGCAGGAGGCCCUGAACGAGCUCUCGGAGGAGCACAACGCGGCGCUGGCCCAGGCGCAGGAGAAGCAGGGGCAGCUGGAGACGGAGCUGCGAGGAGCCCUGCAGGACAAGAAAUGCUGCGAGGAGAAGGUUGAGAUCCUGCAAGGGAAGAUCUCUCUGCUGGAGGAUCAAGUGGCGCAGCUGGGGGAGUGCAGCAGCCAGAAGGGAGAGGUGCUGGGGGACGUCCUGAAGCUGGAGGAGCUGCAGCAGGAGGUGUCGGCUCUCAGCAGGGAAGGGGCUGAGCUCCAGGCCACGGUGCUGCGGCUGGAGGAGGAGAAGCAGCAGCAGGAAGCAGCCCUGCAGUCGCAGCGGGGCCUCUUUGAGGAGGAGAAGCAGCAGCUUGGCAGCGCGCUCAGCAGCCUGCAGGGUUCCCUCGCCGAGAGCCAGCGGCGCCGGGAGGAGCUGGAGCGGGAGCUGCGGGAGCGGGAGGCCCAGCACGAGCAGAGCCUGCAGCAGCUCCAGCACCUGCAGGAGGCCAACGCAUCCCUGAGCAGCCAACGGCAGGCCCUGGCGCAGGAGCGGGAUCGCAACCAGGCCGCUUGGGAUGGGGAGAGGGCAGAGCUGAGCCGCAGGAUGCGGGAGCUGGAGGGCAGCAUCAUGGAGCUGAGCCCACUGCAGGCGCAGCUGCAGGAGGUGGAGGCCCGGCUCAAGGAGAGCCAGCAGCGCCUGGCCGAGAGGGAGCGGCUGGCGCGGGAGAACGGGCGCCUGCAGGAGCAGCUCCUGCGCCUGGAGGAAUCCCUGCGCAACACCGAGGGCAUCCUGGAGGAUGAGAAGCGGCGCGCGGCCGAGAGCCUGGAGGGCAGCCUGGCCCGCAUCGCCGAGCUGGAGGCGGCGGAGAGGCAGCGCCUGCAGCAGCAGCAGCCCACGGAGCCGGCCCCAUGCGAGGCUGAGGAGCGCGGGGCGCUGGAGCAGGAGCUGCGCGCCAGGCAGGAGGAGGUGGCGGCGCUGCAGGCGCAGGCGCAGCGCCAGGGCACCGAGCACCGGGAGCGCGUGGCCGCGCUCGAGGCCGAGCUGGCCGGGAGCCGUGCAUGGGCGCAGGAGAAGGAGGGCGAGGAGCAGCGGCUGCGGGCUGAGCUGCGCUCCCUGCAGGAGCGGGAGCGGCGGCAGCGCGAGGAGCUGGAGGGCGCCAGGGCCGAGGCGCAGCGGCUGCAUGGGGAGAGCUCGGGGCUGCGCGCCCGGCUCGAGGAGGCGCUGCAGGAGCUGGGCGGCCGCAACGAGGAGGCCGCGCGCCUGCGGCAGGAGCUGGAGCGGGGCCGGGCCGAGAGCGGGGCCGAGCGCGCCCGCAAGGCCGAGGUGGAGGCGCAGCUGCAGAACAGCCUCAACGAGCAGCGCGUGGAGCGUGCCCGGCACCGCGAGGAGCUGGCGCGGCUGCGGGAGCUGCAGGAGGAGCUGCGCCGGGACAAGGCGGCGUGCACCGAGGAGCUGCGGGAGCUGCAGGGCACGGUGUGCAGGCUGCGAGGGGAGCUCAGCGCCGCAGGGGACAAGGAGCUGCAGGGCCCCACAGGCACCGAUGGGGACAGCGCCGCAAGCACCAAAGGCGCAGAGCAGGAGCCAAACCAAGCCCUUUCGGUGGCGCUGCGGGCGCUGCGGGCGCAGGUGGAGGAGCUGCAGCAGCGGUGCCGGGAGCAGCGGGAGAGCGCGGCUGCGGCGCACGCGGAGCUCGAGGCCUCGCGCAGGGCCGGGGCUCAGCACCGGGAGCAGGCGGCGGAGCUGCAGAAGCUGCUGGAAGCGGCGCGGGCGGCGCAGGCGCUGCAGGACGGGAGCGCGGAGGCGCUGCGCAAGGAGCUGCAGGAGAAGGGCCGGGAGCUGCAGCAGAGCCGCGGCGCCGUUGCAGCCCAUGAGAAGGAGCUGGCGGCGCUGCGUGCUGCGGCGCAGGACAGGGCCCGGGCUGAGGAGGGCUGGAAGGAGCAGCUCUCGCAGUGCGUGCAGGAGCUGGAGCGCAAGAGCGGGCUCCUGGGCAGCCUGGAGCACGAGGUGUCGGCGCUGCGGCGGCAGGCGGGCGACAAGGAAGGGGAGAGCAAGGAGCUGAAGCGCCUGGCGCUGGCCGAGUCGGAGAAGAGCAAGAAGCUGGAGGAGCGGCUGCGGGUGCUGCAGGCCGAGAUGGCGACGGCGGCGUCGCGCGCGGCCGAGCGCUGCUCGCUCAUGAAGGUGGAGGUGCAGCGGUGCCAGGAGGAGAUGGAGAAGCAGCGCGCGGCCCUCGAGGCGCUCCGGAGGGAGCGGCAGAGCCAGGGCGAGCGCGAGGAGGAGCUGCGCCAGGAGCUGCAGGGCUGCCGGGAGGAGCGGCUGCAGCAGGAGCAGCUCGUGGGAGCGCUGCAGCAGGAGCUGGGCGCCGCGCAGGGCCUGGCUGCGGAGCUGCCGCCGCUCAAGCUCCUGUGCCAGCAGCUGCAGGCGGAGCGCGGGGCAUUGGAGAGCCAGCACCGGCAGGAGCUGGAGCAGCGCGGGCAGGCCCUGGGCACGCUGCAGGCAGAGCUGGCGGCGCUGCGGGAGCGUGCGGCCGAGCAGGACCGUGCCGUGCAGCGGCUGCAGGCGGAGCUGGGGCAGGCGCAGGAGCGGCACGGCCGGGAGCUGGAGCGGCUGCGGGCUGCGUCCGAGGAGCUGGUGGCCGGGAGCCGCAGGGAGGCGCAGGAGGCGGUGCAGAAGCUGGAGGCUGCGGGCAAGGAGCAGGAGAGCAGCAGAGCGGCGGCGCUGGAGGAGAGGAGGAAGCUGCAGGAGGAGAGGCAGAGGCUGGCGGCGCAGGUGGAGCAGCUGGAGGCGGUUCGGAAAGAGCAAGCCAAGCAGGUGGAGGAGCUCAGGAAGAAGCUGACUCAGCACGAGAAGACGGCGCGGAGCCACCAGCAGAGGGUGAAGGCGCUGGAGGGGGAGCUGCAGGCGGAGGCCAUGCGGCAGCAGGAGAGGGUGGCGGAGCUGCAGGAGCAGCUCGCGCUGAAGGAGCAGGCGGCCGAGCACUACAAAGGCCAAAUGGAGAAGGCAAAAACCCACUAUGACGCCAAGAAGCAGCAGACCCAGGACCUGGCGGAGAGGCUGAAGGCCAUGGAGCAGCUGCAGAAGGAGAACAGGGAGCUGCGGGCCGAGGCGCAGCGCUUGGCCAAGGAGCUGCAGCAGAGCGUGCUGCAGGCCAAGGAGUCGGAGCUCAGCUGCAGGAACCUCACCAGCCAGGUGCACAGCCUGGAGGCUCAGGUGGAAUUUGCCAACCAGCAGCUCCGGGAGCUCGGCAGGGUCCAGGUGCCCAAGGAGGCGCUGAAGGGGCAGGAGCUGCUCCAGCAGAACCCCGCCGACAUCAGCACCGACAGCCUGGAGCUCAGCCUGCAGGAGGCUGGGUCCCUGCGCACCAACAGGGAGGCCGCGCGCUCCCGCUCCGAGGACUCGCUGCUGCCCGCGGGUGCUGAGGAGUCCCCGGUGCCGCGGCGGCUCCAGCGCAAGGGGGACUCCCUGGAGAGCCUUUACUUCACCCCCCUGCCCGGCCGCACGCGGGCCCAGCGCAGCUCCAGCGCCGGCUCCUGCGGGGACCUCGCGCUCGGCUCCGGCUGCCAGACCCGCUCCGCGCGGCGCCGCACCACCAUCAGCAUCACCAUGAGCAAAAAAGAAGCCAAGCCCGAGGAACCGGAUGAUGCCGACGUCUCCUUCUGCAGCCUCCCCGGGGCCCAGCCCAGCGCUGCCCCGGCCCGGAGCCGCCUGCGCUCGGGUUCCUCCUUGCGCUCCCUCUCCAGUUUCCCAUCGCAGGAGUCCCUGCUCCCCCCGGACACCUCCUCCCCGCAGGACCCCCGCGCCCACGCCGCGCUCCUGGGGCUCCCCGGCUACCGCCCGGUGACGCGCAGCUCCCUGCGGCGCAUGCAGGGGGGCAGCAGCUCCAGCCUGGGCCGCAGCAGCCUCUACCUUGGCACGUGCCAGGAUGAGCCCGAGCACUUGGAAGACUGGAACCGCAUCGCGGAGCUGCAGCAGCGCAACCGCGCCUGCCCCCCCCACCUCAAGACCUGCUACCCCCUGGAGAGCAGGUCCUCCAACUCGCUGGCCACCAUCACGGACGAGGAGAUGAAGACGGGGGACCCGCGGGAGACGCUGCGGCGCGCCAGCAUGCAGCCCCCCCCGGCCCCAUGCAGCAGCCUCAGCGCGGCCUGGCCCGGCAUCACCACCCGGCAGCAGCGCAAGAGAGCAGCCACUGAGACCCAGCAGGGCCCCGACACCCCCGAGGCCAAGAAGCCCACCACGUGCUUCCCACGGGCACAGACCCCGCAGCGCCGCAGCGCCCAGCUCCACCGCAGCGCCCAGCCAGCGCCCGCCAAGCCGGCCGAGCGGCGCCAGUCCCUGGCCUUCAGCAUCCUCAACACCCCCAAGAAGCUGGGGAGCAGCCUCCUGCGCCGCAAAGCCCCCACCAAGGGGUCCCCCCGCACCGGCGCCCGCCGCUCGCCCCGCAUCGCCACCACCAAGUCCCCUAAGGGCAAGGCCGGUCGCCAGCAGCUCAAGGACACCAAAUUCUGAGCUUUGUCCCUAUGGCCCCCCCCAACCCGAGGCU